ACUCUCAUCAGCCCUGGCCACUGGCCAUGCUUGCUAGGGCUGAUGAGAGUUGCAGUUGAGCCACACCUAGAAGCCCAAAGUUUCUCCACAGCUGCAACAGAUGAAGUGUCAUUGUCUGGUCUGUUAGAAAGAUGGAGAAAGAUGUUUCUAUGCCUCCCACAGGGAAGAAACUGCCCUCCCUUCCCCCAACUCAGGAAUGCCUCUAGGAAAUGGACUACUGGAGGCCUCUGACAAUUGCUACUCUUUUGUCCCUGGCAAAUCUCUGCAGGUCUGAUUCAUCCCAGUGGAGGGCUAAAAUCAGCCAAGGAUUUGAAGUUGGAUUGUUCCCUCUGCAUUUCUCGCAAGAUCAGGGGGAUUGGGAGCAAAGGUCUUUGCGAGGAAUCCACCUGCCAGAAAGAACCUUCAUCUGCUCUCUGCUUCUGGAUUUGAAGAGGUCGAUUGAGAAGUAAAAGGAUGAAGGAGCAAAAAUCUGCAGGCCCAAAACUAGAAGGCCACAUAGGCAGAGCAGAAGAAGCCACCAGAGCAGUUUAUUCUGAAUAUCCGACUGAGAGACUAGGAUGGGGAGUGUCGCAAGAAGGCAAAGGGGACCCUUGCAAGGGGAUGCCAGAGCACUGGGAAGUUCAAUGGCAGGAGGUCCUGAAGACCCUGCAGCCCAUUCAGACAGAAGGGGAAGAUGCACCGGGGGUGCCCGAGUCUGCCCCCUGGGAAGAUGCCAAGGCCUUCCUGGCCUCCUUCGAGCAAGUGGCCAAAGCCUGCCGGUGGCCUAGAGGAGAGUGGGUGGCCCGGCUUCUGCCAGCCCUAAGCGGGAGAGCGGAAGAGUCCUUCAGGAGCCUGGAAGCUGGAGAUCAGGAGGACUAUGGGAAGGUGAAGGCGGCCAUCUUGCGAGGGGAUGCCCCGAGGAUGGAGGCUCAGCGCCAGCACUUCAGGCAAUUCUGCUGCGAGGAGGACCCCCGAAGGGUCUACAGCCAGCUGCAGGAGCUUUGCCACCAGUGGCUGAAGCCGGAGAGGCGCAGCAAGGAGCAGAUCCUGGAGCUGCUGAUCCUGGAGCAGUUCCUGGCCAGCCUCCCGCCGGAACUGCAGGGCUGGAUCCGAGCAGGCGGGCCGGAGACGUGUUCCCAGGCGGUGGCCCUGGCGGAGGAGUUCCUGAGGGGCCAGCAGGAGGCCAAGACUGGGCAGUGGCAGGGGCCUCUGAAGGAGGAGGGCAUGAAUUCCCUGGAUGCUGUGCAGGGUCAGAUCUACAAAGAAGUCAAGCAAAAUGGGGACGGGGAGAUCAACUUGACGGGCAAUGCAAUCAAAGUCUCAAGUCAUUCCAGUUCAUCGCUUUCUCCUGAAGGACAGGCAGUGGAUCAAACUGUUGGGAGAGAGGCAGGUGUCAUUCUGGGAACAAUGGAUCUCGACAAAAUGGGCAGCUCUCUGCAGAUAGUCAAGCUGAGAGUUACCCAGCCGGUCCAAAAGACCAUGGUCUGGCAAGUCCUGCAGGAGGAGGAUGGUGGGAACAGAGAUUCUUUGGGUGAUGGAAAGGAAUUCCUGCUCAAGAUGGAGAAUUCUCAGUGUGGAGGAAACUGGUCAGAGAGUACCUCUAGGACUGCCCCAGAGAUAAGCAAUGGGAAUGUGCUGGAGGUGGCUGAGAUGCAGGAGGAAGGAGGCCAAUCCAAAGGGCAACAGUGGAAGCAGCCAGAAGAGAGAGAGCAUGAAUGUGGUGAGCAAAUAGAAGGUCUUAAACAGCAAUUAGCCAUCCUUCCGAAAUGCAUCCAAUGGGGGAAAUGCCCUUGCUCUCCAAGUAUGGUAGGAGAUAUUGCUACAGAUCAGAGCUUCCAACCAGGGAGCCUGGAUCCCAGUCCCUCCUUCCGGACCGGGGCAGCUGAGCGGCCGACCGGAGAGAGAUUGGAAGGGAGGGAGGAAAUCCAGAGUCUCACCGGCCUCCUCGUCGAUUCCGUUAAAGGGAUGAAGGAGCAAAAAACUGAAGCCCCCAAAACGGGCCAGCCAGGUAGAGAGGUAGGAGCCACCAGAGCAGUUUAUUGUGGAUAUAUGACUGAGCGAUCAGGAUGGGGAGCAUCACAAGGGGGCAAAGGGGGUCUUUGCAAGGGGAUGCCAGAGCACUGGGAAGCCCAAUGGCAGGAGUUCCUGAAGACCCUGCAGCCCAUUCAGACAGGAGGAGGCAGCACACCAGCGAUGCCUGAGUCUGCCCCCUGGGAAGAUGCCAAGGCCUUCCUGGUCUCCUUCGAGCAAGUGGCCAAAGCCUGCCGGUGGCCUAGAGGAGAGUGGGCUGCCCUGCUCCUGCCAGCCCUGAGCGGGGAAGCGGAAGAGGCCUUCAGGAGCCUGGAAGCCGGAGAUCAGGAGGACUAUGGGAAGGUGAAGGCGGCCAUCUUGCGAGGGGAUGCCCUGAGGAUGGAGGCUCAGCGCCAGCGCUUCAGGCAAUUCUUCUGCGAGGAGGUGGAGGACCCCCGAAGGGUCUACAGCCAGCUGCAGGAGCUUUGCCACCAGUGGCUGAAGCCGGAGAGAUGCAGCAAGGAGCAGAUCCUGGAGCUGCUGAUCCUGGAGCAGUUCCUGGCCAGCCUCCCACCGGAACUGCAGGGCUGGAUCCGAGCAGGUGGGCCAGAGACGUGUUCCCAGGCGGUGGCCCUGGCGGAGGAGUUCCUGAGGGGCCAGCAGGAGGCCAAGACUGGGCAGUGGCAGGGGCUGUUGAAGGAGGAAAGUGUGGAUUUCCUGAAUACUAAGGAGGAGCCCCUGAAUGCUGCGCAGGGGCAGAUCCACAAAAAAGCCAAGCGAAAUGGUGACGGGGAGAUCAUUGUGCCAGGGGAUGGAAUCAAAGGCCCAGGUCAUUCCAGUUCACUGCUUUCUCCUGAAGGACGUGGAAUGGACCAACCUGGUAUGAGAGAGACAUGUGACAUUCUGAAACCUAAGGGGAAGGAGGUGGCUGUCUUUUCCUGUUUGCAGGAACCCAUGAACCUCAAGGCAACGGGCCUCCCUUUCCAGGUAGUCAAGCAGAAUCUGACCCAGCCGGGACAACAGACUGUGGUCUGGCAAGUCCUGCAGGAAGAGGAAGGGGUGGACAGAGACUUGCAGGGUGCUGGGAAAGGAAGUCAAAUCAAGGUGGAGAAUUCUGAGUGUGGAGGAAAUUGGCCAGAGGGCACACAGUGGACUGCACCGCAGAUGAGCCGCGGGAAUGUGAUAGAGAUGCCUGAGAUGCAGGAGGAAGGAGGUGAAUCCAAAGGGCAACAGUGGAAGCAGCCAAUGGAAAGAGAGAAUGAAUGUGGUCAGCUGACAGAAGAUCUUCCACCUGCGGUUGGCCAUCCUUCCGAAGUAGACACAAGGGGGAACAUGCCCCUGUUCUCUAAGUACGGCAGGAGGUAUCGCUACAGACCAGAGCUUGUUACGAUGCAUGUAAGCGAAGGCUACAGUGAAUGUCUCGUGUCAGAGGGAAACAUCCAGCAAAAUCCAUAUUUUGAUGAACAUCAGAAGACUACAGCGGGAGAGACAAAAGGAGAAUUCUCUGAGUGUAGGACAGGAGGUAAUUUGCCUAGACCACAGAGUCACCAUGCAGAAGAGAACUCUCCUGACUCUGGAAAGAGCUUUAAUUUCUCACUGAAGAGAAAUCCUGGAAUUCAAGGUGAAGGGAGACCCUGUGAAUGUCCUCACUGUAGGAAAUGCUUCAGUCAGAGGGAACAUUUGAUGAACCACCAGCAAGUUCAUAAUGAAGGGCAACAGCACGAGUGUCCCGAGUGUGGGAAGAGCUUCAUUUCUCCAGGCAAUUUAAGAAGACAUCAGAGAUAUCAUUCUGGAGGGAAACCUCACGAAUGUUCUCAGUGUGGGAAAUGCUUCCGUCAGAAAGGUGCAUGGCUGAAACAUCAGAGAAUUCAUACUGGAGAGAAACCUUACAAAUGUCCUGAGUGUGGGAAAUGCUUCAUUUGGAGAACAGAUUUGAAGAGACAUCAGCAAAUCCACAGUGGGGAGAGACCAUACCAAUGUUCUGUGUGUGGGAAAAGCUUCCGUCAGAGAGCAAAUUUGAUAGGACAUUGGAGGACCCAUACAGGAGAGAAACCGUUCACAUGCCCAGAGUGCGGGAGAAACUUUUCUCGGAGGGGUACCUUGAUCAGACACCAGAGAACUCAUAGGGGAGCAAGUGUCGGAAGAGUUUCAUUCAGUAAGAUAAAAUGAAUAGGCUUUGGAGGAACCAUGGUGGCCAUUGAUAGAAUCAGCAAACUAUUUUUCCCAAAGAGCCAUUUUGAGAAUUGAGUGAGGGGAACCCUUUUAUCCCAGUUCAGUCACUGGAACCAUCUGGAGGGGUGCUGUUAGUCCCAUGUGUCUCAGAAACUCAAUUGGCUUCAGUAGCAAGUUGGGCAUUUAGGCUGUGUACACACCAUGCAUUCAGUGCACAUUUAAAUCACAUGGCUUCCUCCAAAGAAUCCUGGGAACUGUAGUUUACCCCCUCACAGAGCUACAAUUUCCAUCACCCUUAACAAACGACAGUUCCCAGGAUUCUUUGGGGGAAGCCAUGUGCUUUAAAGGUACUUCAAAUAUACGGUGUAUAUGUAGCCUUAGCGUCGCCCGUCUCCUGUUGUGGAAUACUCUCCCAGCAGAGAUUCAGCAGCCAUCCUCGCUGCUAAUGUUCAGACGUCUCUUGAAGACAGCCUUGCCAUAAGAUUCUGUUGCCACAAAUCCCCUUUUCUCCCUACCUAUUUCACCCUCGGGUUGGCAACUGGUUGACAUUUCUCAAGAUCCUCCACAAGAGAGUUAAAUUCUAUACCAGGGGUUGUUGGACUCCAACUCCCAUCAGGCCCAGCCAGCAUGGCCAAUAGUCAGAGAUGGUGGGAGUCCAGUGAUCUCUGGAGGACCCACAGGCUUCCCACUCCCAUUUGGCACAAAGAAUUGCCAUAGCAAAUGUCAACCUAUUAGUGCAAAUGAGCUGCUUUUGGCUAGAAUUCUGAGCAUGUGGCCUGCAACAUGAAGACUUCUUUAUGAGCAAAGCUGCUUCAGAUGAAACCGUUUUCCCGGUCUUACUUUUUCCAUAUGGAGCUCUGGACCAGGGAGAAUGCUGGAACCGCCACAGACUACAAUGUGGGGACAAUUACAAUUCUUGCUUAUUAUGAUGCCUGCCAGAGAGAAUCUCAAUGAGUAUCCAGGUGUGGGUGGAUGUGAAUUUUUACUAAAAACUAUCAAUGCAGGUAAGAAGAUGCAGCUAGGAAACGAAUCAGAGAGAAGUCUGCAAAUAGAGAUAAUUUGAUUGGCCAUCAAAUUCAACAAAUCAACUUACUUAUUUUUUGUUGUUGAAAUGAAAUGGACUGCCUUCAAGUCGAUCCCGACUUAUGGCGAUACUAUGAAUAGGGCUUUCAUGGUAAGCGGUAUUCAGAGGGGGUUUCCCAUUGCCUUCCUCUGAGGCUGAGAGGCAGUGACUGGCCCAAGGUCAUGCAGUGAGCUUCAUGGCUGUGUGGGGAUUCCAACCCUGGUCUCCCAAGUCGUAGUCCAAUACUCUAACCACUACGCCACACUGGCUCUCCUUUUUUGUUGUUACGUGCCUUCAAGUCUACGACUUAUGGCGACCUUAUGAAUCAGUGACCUCCACUAGCAUCUGUCAUGAACCACCCUGUUCAGAUCUUGUAAGUUCAGGUCUGUGGCCUCCUUUAUGGAAUCAAUCCAUCCCUUGUUUGGCCUUCCUCUUUUUCUACUCUCUUCUUUUCCCCCCAGUGUUAUUGUCUUUUCUAGUGAAUCAUGUCUUCUCAUUAUGUGUCCAAAGUACGAUAACCUCAAGGUAUUGAUAUCCCAUCCCUUAGCCAAAAGGGCUCUCAGAGUGGGCUUUUUGUGCUAAGGUGGCCCCUGCCCUCAGGUGCACAAUCUGAAAAGACAUGACACACAAGAAAAAAUGAGUGUGAGGGAGGAGGGAAAACAAGUUCAAGCACAAGUUCUUAAAGUUACUGAGAUUGUAGCCAGCUUUGUUUUACUUAAGAGUAGACCUGCUGAAAUUAAUGGGCUUACAUUAGUCAUGCACAUUCAUUUCAGUGGGUCUACUCUGACUGCGACUGGAUAUAACUUGCAAACGCAGUGGAGACAGUAUUUCUCAGCUUCAUACCCCUCCCUGUUAGGAUCAUAGAGAUCAUAAUACUGGUCAGUUUAGUUCCCCUCUGCUAGUACAGGAAGCAUUUAGAGAUUAUUAUUUUUUAUAUUAAAAACUUCAAAAAGAAUAUAACUCUCCUUUUUUUGCUUUUAGCGUUUGUGUAUAGUGCUGCCAAGUCUCUGUAGCCCGUAAGUGCUUGAUUUCAACAUUGCCUCCUAUGGCCAAUUAAAAAAAAUUUUUUUUAUUGAUUUUCAUUUUACAAAUAACAAUAAAAACAAUACACACCAACAGUUGAGGAGGGAGAAGUCAGGAUUGUUCCAAUAAGGCAUCACAAGUUAUAGACUGUUAAUCAAAAGAGUCUUUCCAGAGAUGAAUGUGAGUCAAAGGAAGACGAAAUCCAUGUUCAAGAGUAUCUGCACAUUGUAUGAAAAUAAACCAAGUUUCAUAACAUUUUA